AUGCCGGAGCGGCCUACGGCCUGGGACGCGGCGGCCGCGGCGCUUCGCGCUUGUGGCUCGCUUACCGAGAUUAUGGUGCACACACUACUUGUUCUUGCGAUAGUCAUGCCGGCCUAUGUCGCGCUUGUGCGGAUACGUGCCGACUACGUUCCGAAGUCCGACGACGAGCCGGUCGAGCCGGUGCCCUGGACGCCCGAGAAUGCGCCGUACCGCGUCUAUGGCUGGUUCGUUGAUCUUCUCCCUGCCUUUGGUGGGGUGAUAGUCAUGAUCCGGCGGACAAAAGAGGCGGAAGGAUGGCGCGGCCUCUAUCGUGGCACGACGCUCGCCUUUGUCCAAAUUGUCGUGCAGUCCGUUGUCUCGUUCCUGCUGCUGUCCGACAGCAGUGGCAGAGAAGAGCAGCCCGGCACGGUAUCCGUGCGCCUGCUGCUUGCGCUGGUCGGCGUCGCGCUGGUCGACCUGCCGUUCGAGGUCCUUUUGCAGCGAACGGCCGUGCGCCCCAAACGCCUCGCGUGGCUGCUGCCCAAGACGAGUCUGCAAAAGGUGCUGACGCCCGCCGAGUACAAGGAGCCGUGGCGGCUCUACCUGCUGCCUGGCCUGCUGCCUGCGAUGCUCCUGCGCAAGCUCAGUGCGACGCUCCUGCUCGUCGCAUUCCAGUGGAUCAUUAGGCCCCUUUCGCCCUCGACGCUGCACCAAGGCGCCGUGGAAGGCAGCCACGGCCCGAACACCAACCGUGUGUCGUUCAGUUUCGGGAGCCUGGUCUUUUAUCUGGCGUGGAACGUGCUAUGUCUCUGCAUUACCCUCCCCCUCGACUGCAUGAUUGUGCGCCUCGCUACGCAGACCACGCAGGAGACCGAACGUGUCCAGGAACCGCACAGCAACGCACCCGAUGCGCUGAGUGCGCCGCCGCCGCAACACAUCAUCACCCUGCGCUCGACCGCGCCCGACACACCCGCGCCCUACCGCGGGCUUGUCGACUGCUACCGCAAGAUGGCCGCCGAGGAAGGCACCGCGAGCCUCGUGCGCGGCGCCUCGCUCGCCUUCCUCACGCUGCUCGUGAUGCACACCGGCGCUGCCCUCAUGAUGCCAUUCUUUGUCUCCCUUACGCGUCUGCGGGCCAACUAUCUGCCCAAGGCCGUGUCGCUGAACAAUGUGCUGAACGACGGGGAAGAAGAGGCGAUGGAGCGCCGUUCCUUCUUCCACUCGGUGACGAUGCGCACGCGCCGUGCGACGGCCAAGAUCGGCCCGGUGGUCGACGGUGUGAUCCCAAUGAUCCGCCGGACCAAGCGGCUCGAGGGCUGGCGCGGGCUCUACCAGGGCACGACUAUUGUCGCGACGGGGGCGUCUGUGGCGUACGUCUUUGGCUUUAUCUUUUCCUACAUUAUGUUUUCCAAGACGAUCACGAGCGAUGGUGACGUGGAUACCAAUAUGCCCAUUUUUUGGGUGCUCGCGAUGGAGGUCAUCGAGGCAUUUAUUGUCCUGCCAUUCGAUGUCGUCCUGAAGCGAACCAUGGUCCAUCCUCGCCGCCUCAACUGGUUCGCGCCGCGCGAGAGCCUGCAAGAGGUGCUGUCCGCGUCAGAAUACAAGCAGCCGUGGCGCCUGUACAGGCUGCCGGGCCUGCUCCCCGUGAUGCUGCUCCGCGUCGCGCUUGUCUCGUCGAUCUACGCGGUGACGAACGACAUGCUCCUGCCUUCGAUGGGGCUCGUGCCGAUCGAGCCUGCCGACCCGAACCAGGACGAGUACGAGGGGCCGUCGUCGGUGUCGAUCAAGCGUGCCGUUUUCGCCUUUGCCGCGUACCUCAUUAUUCUGCUCGCCGUGCAGCUGAUUGCCGUGCCGCUCGAGUGCAUGGUCGUCCGCCUCUCGACGCAGCGCCCGGUGACGCAGCAGCCGCUGCACGUCGCGUAUGCGGACAACGCUCCGGCACAGGGGCCGGCGUCGCACAACCACCAGGCGACCGUCCCCGAGACGGUCGCCCCGAGCGAGGCGCCGGCGGAUGCCGAGGAUGCCCAAGACGCUCAAGACGCGGACGUCGAGGCCGCGCCGAAACCCGCAAAUGCGCCGAGUGCGUCGGUCGACGACGACGCCGAGCUCGCGGACGACGACGCCGAGCUCGCGGACGACGACGAUCUCCCGAUGCUGAGCGCGCCCGCGCCCCGCCGCAGUACGCUGCCGCCGCGCACCAAGUCGCCGACGAGCGAGCCGGUGAUUGCCCUGCGUCCGUGCGACGAGGCGCUCGACGAGAUCGACUCGUACUACGGUGCGGCGCCAGUCGAGCGCUACCUGACGCUCGGCGACUGCUUCCGCAAGAUGGUCGCCGAGGAGGGCUACGAGAGUCUGUUCCGCGGCCUGCCCUUCUCGAUGGGCCUCAUGUUCCUCGGCGCGCUGGGCAUGGUCCCUGCGCUGAUCGAUGUACUUUCGCUCUUUUCAUGA